UUUAUGUUGACUGUGACUUCGUUCAAAAUGGCUUUUGGUCUCCUUUUGCUGCUGCUCACUUGCCAGUCCAUCAUCCGUGUUGAAGCGUCAGCAACAACCGGAAUAAAAAAUUAUACUAUUCUUGCUAGUCUGGGCGAGACGGUGGUACCUCCACUACUGAAUAUCUCCCGCCACAGACAUGCGGACUACCUCAUGCUGACGACUUCAAAGUAUCAUGUAAGAAUACAGAAACUAACCUCCGACCGCUGGACGCAGUCCUGCUUCAAAGAAACCGAAUGGUAUCAAAGAUGUCAGUCAUGGGUAAAUAUGACUUACCUUGGCAACGAUAUGGUCGCUGUUGAGAUAACUGCCGGGAACGAGUCCAUGAGUGGAGUAUUCAGGGUGUAUCUCCAUUGCACUGGUGCUUCCAAGACUUGCAGCUCGGAUCCGCUGAUGGAAGUUACCCUUAUUAUCAGAGAUAAAGUCUUGAAAACGAACGUGAACGCAAGUGUUCUAGAGCCAACUGUGAAAACAAAGGAAACUAGUGCUCAACCGAAUAGAAGAACAGAGGCCAAACCUUCAGUGCUAUAUACACUCUCGAAUAUCCGGGGCUUGCAACUACCAGAAUUGAAAUCUAAGGAAAAAAGGAACAGAGGAUUUAAAAGUGAAGCAGGAGCCUCUGCUGUUCUCCAAGCAGUCCUUCUACUUGUGAUGGCGGUAGCCAUCUAAUAUACUUGUGAUGGCGGUAGCCAUCUAAUAUACUUGUGAUGGCGGUAGCCAUCUAAUAUACUUGUGAUGGCGG